GCGCUCUCGGCUCCCGAUGCAUAAAGGACCUGCUCUGCCUCCCGCUUCUACUUCCUUGUCUUCCGAGCUGUAUCCGGGUCGUUGCUUUCCCUAUUGUCUCAGGCAGUCGGGUCUCGGAUUGUGCAAAUUCUGGGUCUUUUGUUGCUUCUGGUGCAGGCUAAUAAAGUUUUUCUUUCUUUCUUUCUUUUUUUCUUUUUUUUCUUUUUUCCUAACGGUUUUAACGAGGGAGCUCGCUCCGCAGGGCUGCCAGGUUGGCGGCGCUGCCUGGACCGGAGGGCGCCCGCGCCCGGGGAGCGAGCGCCUGGGGCCGGUUCUGCGAGGACGGAGGGGCGGGCCAGGGGGUGGGGUGCGGGCAGGGACCGCGGGGCUGCACCGGGGACGCCCCAUCCGCCCGGCGGCACCGCCGAUUUUUAAAUAGCAUCUUCCGACUGGUUCCCGCGGUCUCAGCGCCCGACCUCGGCGCUGCCUGGGCUCUCGCAGCCUCUCGCUAGGUCUCCCAACGACCGCCUCACGGAUUCCUUAUGGAUCGCAGCUCCAAGAGGAGGCAGGUGAAGCCUUUGGCAGCUUCUCUGCUAGAAGCUCUCGAUUAUGAUAGUUCAGAUGACAGUGAUUUUAAAGUUGGAGAUGCUUCAGAUUCUGAAGGGAGUGGUAAUGGAAGUGAAGACCCCUCAAAGGACAGUGGAGAAGGUUCCUGUAGUGAUUCCGAAGAAAAUAUUUUAGAGGAAGAACUAAAUGAAGAUAUUAAAGUAAAAGAAGAACCACUUAAAACUUCUGCAGAGGAGGAAAUACUGCCAUCAGAAAAACAGUUAAUUAAAAUAGAAAAGAAGGAAGAAGAAAAUGGAGAAAGACCUAAAAAGAAAAAGGACAAAGAGAAGGAAAAAGAGAAGGAGAAAGAAAAAGAGAAGGAGAGAGAGAGGGAGAAAGAAAAAGCAACAGUAUCUGAUAAUGUGGCUGCUUCUGCUGCUGCCACCUCACCAGCCACAAGUCCUCCUGCUGUCAACGCAUCUCCUUCAGUCCCUACUACAACUAGUACGGAGGAACAAGUCAGUGAGCCAAAAAAGUGGAACCUUCGUCGAAAUCGACCGCUUUUGGAUUUUGUAUCCAUGGAAGAAUUGAAUGACAUGGAUGACUAUGACAGUGAAGAUGACAAUGAUUGGCGACCUACUGCAGUAAAGAGAAAGGGAAGAUCUGCAUCUCAGAAAGAAGGAAGUGAUGGAGACAAUGAGGAUGAUGAAGAUGAGGGGAGUGGAAGUGAUGAGGAUGACAAUGAUGAAGGCAAUGAAGAAGAUCAUAGCAGCCCUGCCAGUGAAGUGGUUUGCAAGAAGAAGAAGAGUAAAGUUCUUAGCAGAAACAGUGCUGAUGAUGAGGAACUGACCAAUGAUAGCCUGACACUAUCUCAAAGCAAGAGUAAUGAGGACUCGCUGAUUCUUGAGAAGAGUCAAAACUGGAGUUCUCAAAAAAUGGACCAUAUUAUGAUCUGCUGUGUUUGUCUUGGAGAUAAUAGCGAAGAUGCUGAUGAAAUAAUUCAGUGCGACAAUUGUGGCAUUACAGUUCAUGAAGGUUGCUAUGGAGUUGAUGGAGAGAGUGACUCUAUUAUGAGUUCAGCUUCUGAAAACUCCACUGAACCUUGGUUUUGUGAUGCCUGUAAAUGUGGUGUUUCCCCUAGCUGUGAACUGUGUCCUAAUCAGGAUGGAAUUUUCAAGGAGACAGAUGCUGGAAGAUGGGUUCACAUUGUUUGUGCCCUUUAUGUUCCUGGAGUAGCAUUUGGAGAUAUUGACAAAUUACGACCAGUAACACUAACUGAAAUGAAUUAUUCCAAAUAUGGUGCCAAGGAGUGUAGCUUCUGUGAAGACCCUCGUUUUGCUAGAACUGGAGUUUGCAUUAGCUGUGAUGCAGGUAUGUGCAGAGCCUAUUUCCACGUGACUUGCGCCCAGAAGGAAGGCCUGCUUUCGGAGGCAGCAGCAGAAGAGGAUAUAGCAGAUCCAUUUUUUGCUUAUUGCAAGCAACAUGCAGAUAGGUUAGAUAGAAAGUGGAAGAGAAAAAACUACUUGGCUCUACAAUCCUACUGUAAAAUGUCUUUACAAGAAAGAGAGAAGCAGCUAUCACCAGAAGCACAGGCAAGGAUCAAUGCCCGGCUUCAGCAGUAUCGUGCCAAAGCAGAACUAGCUCGAUCUACCAGACCCCAGGCCUGGGUUCCAAGGGAAAAAUUGCCCAGACCACUUACUAGCAGUGCUUCAGCCAUUCGGAAACUGAUGCGGAAAGCAGAAUUAAUGGGGAUCAGCACAGAUAUCUUCCCAGUGGACAAUUCAGAUACUAGUUCUAGUGUGGAUGGAAGGAGAAAGCAUAAGCAACCUGCUCUCACUGCUGAUUUUGUGAAUUAUUAUUUUGAGAGAAAUAUGCGCAUGAUUCAAAUUCAGGAAAACAUGGCUGAACAAAAGAAUAUAAAGGAUAAAUUAGAGAAUGAACAAGAAAAGCUUCAUGUGGAAUAUAAUAAGCUAUGUGAAUCUUUAGAAGAACUACAAAACCUGAAUGGGAAACUUCGAAGUGAAGGACAAGGAAUAUGGGCCUUACUGGGCAGAAUUACAGGGCAGAAGUUGAACAUACCGGCAAUUUUGAGGGCACCCAAGGAGCGAAAACCAAGUAAAAAAGAAGGAGGUGCACAAAAGACAUCUAUUCUUCCUACGGUACUUUAUAGUUGUGGAAUUUGUAAGAAGAACCAUGAUCAGCAUCUUCUUUUGCUGUGUGAUACCUGUAAACUCCAUUACCAUCUUGGAUGUCUGGACCCUCCUCUUACAAGGAUGCCGAGAAAGACCAAAAACAGUUAUUGGCAGUGCUCAGAAUGUGACCAGGCUGGGAGCAGUGACAUGGAAGCAGAGAUGGCCAUGGAAACUUUACCAGAUGGGACUAAACGAUCAAGGAGGCAGAUUAAAGAACCAGUGAAAUUUGUUCCACAGGAUAUGACUCCAGAACCCAAGAAGAUUCCAAUAAGAAACACGAGAACCAGAGGACGGAAACGAAGCUUCAUACCUGAUGAAGAAAAACAUGAGGAAAGAGUUCCUAGAGAGAGAAGACAGAGGCAGUCUGUGUUACAGAAGAAGCCCAAGGCUGAAGAUUUACGAACUGAAUGUGCAACUUGCAAGGGAACUGGAGACAAUGAAAAUCUUGUCAGAUACCCUUCAUGAGACCCAACUCUGCCACAGCUCAUCCUCGGAGGCAAUCCUGGAAACCUCUUUAAUAAGUGUGAUUUUAAAAAUGUGGAUAACACUCUCAAUAGAGUACAUAAAGUAAAGGAGAACAGCUAUCUUGUCCUUCCCAUAAGCUUAUCACUGCAGAAAGUUGCCUUUGCUUGUCAGGUUUGGAUAGAAUGUAAUUGAUUGGUUUGUUACCUGGACUGACAAGGCACUUAAUUUGCCUGUGUGGAAUUUUUUUUCUAUUUCUUCUUCUUUUUUUUUUUUUUUUUUUUUUUUUUGCACUAAUCAGAAAUAUUUGAUAUGUGCAUUGUAGAAAAAUACUAGAUACUGUCUUGUCAGAAUUAUCCUAUUAAGUAAUGUUUUUCCUCUUGCUUCUUUGGCAAAUGAUGAUACACAGUAUUUGGACUUACUGAAGAGCUAUGGAAACCUAUGGGACUUAAUUGCAAUGUGCUAUUACUAUUGUUGAACACUACCAGUAACUAACAAAAAAGACAAUGCAUUCCAUUAGUUUGCUAUUUUGCUUCAUCCAACUCAAUACAUAAUUCAUAUAUGAAAUGCUACAUUGAGAAACAACUAUAGACUCUUACAUUAAUUAUUUCUAUUGAUAAUAUUCAGGAGUGAGAGACUUGUAAAGCAUAUGUAUUUUAGUUUUGACUCAUUGUAUGAAAGUAUUGAUAUUAUUAACAUGAAAUUUUUACAACUUCAAAUUUGAAGCUCCUAAGUAAGAAUAUGUAUGUGUUGAUUUCUAGAUAUUUUAAAAUAAUGCCCAUAUUUAUUCAGUCCUUAUUGACAUAAUACAAACUUUCUGUAUUCAGUAUAAUUUUAUUUUUUCAACCUUAAGGAUGAGGUUAAGAAAUAAGGAGAGAUACAAAGCUUAUUGACUAUACAAGUCACCAGCUGAAAGAUCUUCAUCAACAUCUUUAUCUUUCCGGAGGUUUACAGAAUUAAAUUUUGAUCUUCAAGCUUUAAUGAUCGAGGUUUAAGGCAACUACAGAAAUUUGUUGAAUAUUUCAUCACUCCACCUUGAACUGAUUUAGAAGAGACACUUGGUUGAAAAUGAAAUGCACAUAUACAUGUAUAUUGUCAACUUGCUUCUUGGAAUUUCUUGAUCUAUAAAUGUGGUUUUGGACAUCUUUUCAGGUAUAGUGGCAAGUGAAAAUAGUUUAAACUUUAGGAAUAGGGUAGGCAAUGUGAUAAUCAAAAGUAAGUGUAAAUAUAAAGUUAUUAGUAAUCUAUAGUUAUAGUAAGCAACCAUAUUAUUGGAUACCAUGUUUACUACAGUAAUAGUAAUAUGUGUAUAAAAUAUAUAUAAAUAGAGAUUAAGGAUUAUCAAAAGAUAAUUUGGAGGAAAAGUAUUACUAACCUAUAGCAAACAGUAAGCUUUUGUUUUAAGAAUAAGAAAGGACUUAUUAUUUAUUACUACAUAAGUUUAUUAAUGCUGAUAAUUAGUAGUAUUGCCUGGACUCUAGCUGAUUUUAAGAAAAAUUACACAUUGCCAUUUUCUUAAGGGAAUGUGCUACUGUGUUAUAUCCUGGGCCUUCUUUGAUAUAUGGUGAGAAAUUUCUAGUGAUAAUUUUAGAUUUCCUUAGAAAUCAUUAAGCCUUAUGGGUUUGGUAUAACCAUUAAUCAGAAUCCCUUCCUCCUUGGUUCUAAUCAGAAUACUACAUUAUGAUUCUCUGUCUUGCAGCCUUUAGUGGUAGAUAGGCUAGUGCUAAGAAUAUUUGUCACCUAACACAAAUAUAAACUACAUAACUAAUAAUUAUUGGUCCUAGAAAAAGUUAUUUGGAAUAAGAGAAUUUCUAAAGGGAAUAAAAAACCCUUUCUCCAGAUAAUCUCCUAAAUGCUUUCAUAUUUUCACAGUAUACAAUUAAUUUCCCCCAUAAUGGUCCAGUUGCUAUUCAAAGGAAAUAUUAAUAUGUGCUUAAUAAAAUAUAGACCAAUUCACAGACAAUGUGAGAGAAAACUGCACAAUAGGUAAACGAUGGCUGUUUGUUAUACAACAGGGAAAGAAAAGACACUAAAAUAUCAGGAAGGAAAUUAAAUGACUGAAAUACAAGAAUGACAUGGUAGGAUAUAGUAGUGGUUCUCAGCCUUUACAGUGCACCAGGAUUUGUGCCAUAUUUCCCUCCUUCUUCCCCUUUUCCUUGCUUUACUCCCUCCUCCUGGCUCCCAGCAGUUUCUGAUUCAGUGGGUUUGCAGUGAGGUCUCAAAAUGAGCAUUCCUAUCAAGUUCCCAGGUGAUGCUGCUGCUGUUGGCCAGGGACACCCCUUUGAGAACCAUUUGUAUAUAUUUUUGAAAGAAUCAUUGUGUUUAACAUUGGUUGAUUGUUGUUUUAAUAUCCUUAAAAAGGCCCUUACAUUUUCAAAAAUAUUGUUUCCAUAUACAGUGGUCUGCAAACUGAGGCUUGUGAGCCACGGUUUGCCCUCUGUGGUCUAAUGAGUUUGCCAACCACUGCCAAUAAUUAGUUUCAUCUAUAACACAUACAAUAUAAUUUCUUCAUUUUCAUAAAUUCAGUUAAAUGUUUAUUUUAUUUCAUACCUAUUAUGAGGGAAGCAAUAUUUUAGAUUCAGAAAUGAAUAAAAAAAAUGUAUCUUCAUCCAUAAUCCACUAAUUCCUUUUGAAAAAAGAUUUGAAAUUAGGGUUAUAUUUGAACAUGAAAACAAAAUUUAGCCUUAAACUUUAUCCAUCUUAAAUUUAGAAAUGAUAUUUCUGUAUCAUUAAAUAUUGUUAAUAUGUUUCUUGAAUUUUUAUCUAAUUUUACAUUUAUAAUAUUAAAAGCUAUUACUGACCAUAAAAGUUAGAAUAUUCGCACCAAUUAUCAUAUUUUCAUGGUUUUAUAUUCAACUACUUCAUGAGACCACUCUCUUUUUCUUUUUCUUUUAACCUUUUAUUGUUAAGACUAUUACAGAUGUCCCCUUUGCCACCCCCCUACCCCUUAUUAAUCACUUAAUAUUCUUUAUUUGACAAAUUACCCGUUUUGCUUAAUUCACAGUAUGGCAUAUUUUAUGAAUAUUUCACCAAAAUCUAUUCAAGGAAUUUAGAAGGACUUUCUGCAGCAGAAUGAAGUAUUAACAUUGUUAAUUUUAUUUUCUGAAAUAGUUUUUGAUGGUUGUACAAGAGAUUCAGCUUUAGUGCUGUAUGGCAUAUGAAGGCAGAAAUCUUUUUCUGUAAUCCGAGUCAGCACUUUGUUAAGUUUUACAUAUACUAGGGAUUGUGCAUAAAAACAUUUCUGAGAUGGACAUGCUUUGCAAAUACAUUCUUAAUAAGAAUGUAGACCUCUUUCUCCCAGCACUCCCCCUAAGACUUUCUGCAGGUCUGCUGAUAAGAUUCACUGCUGUUCAGGCACAUAAGAUAUAAUGAAAUUGGAUGUUCACGCUGGGCUUUGUAAAUAAAAUGAGAUUGACCCCCAGCCAUUAGCUCACUUAUCUGAUUUACAUUGUAAAAUGAAGAUCUACACUAUUGAUUAGGGCAUAAUUAGUUAAUUAUGAACAGGUAAAUACAAAGUUAUGUGGGGCUUGAGCACAGCAGGUUGUACUGCUGAAACAUUUCCAGGGGCAUGAGCAGAUGGAGAUCAGUUUGUUAAAGAACAAAGCAGACAUGUUUCAGGUAUGGAAAUGUUGAAUCAUUCUCUCAUGCUGUGAAGAGGUACUUGACCUUACUGUGUAUUUUUAUAUGAAUUCUUUGAUUUCAUGUUUCAUUUUUUUUUUUGUUUCACUUUUAAUCUUGUAAUGUGUUGUGCAGAUGUAGCUAAUUGGAGCGAUCUUGUUAUUUAAGUGAUCAUUAAAUAUGAAUUAGAGGGAUUUCAGUAAUUAUCCAUAUAUUUUUCCAAUAAUAUACUUUCAUGUAUAAAGAAUAGUUCUGUUUUUCUUACCAUUCUUUCAUUCAUUACUGGCUGUGAUAAAAGUCCAUAGUGGCAUUAAUGAAAAAAAUUUGUAAGGCCUUCACAUUAGUCUUAUAUUUGUGAAAUAUGCUAUGAAGACAUUUUCUAGUUAUUUUGUUUAGAAAAUACUUAUAUAAGUGGUUUGCACUAAGAUUGUAAAAUAAAAGGAAAAAAUGUCUUUAUUGAUAUUAAAUGUUACUCUAAUAUUGUAGAAUGCAGAAUUUUGUGCAUGUUUGUAUUAUGUUAAAGGUGAUUUAACUCAUGGACCAUAGUCCUGCAUCUUCUCCAUCUUUUAAAAUGAGUAAUUGCAGUAAUUGGUUACUAUUCAAUGAAAGAAUCUUUCCCUCCUGGUUGACAGAUCUGUGUAGGUGUUUAAGCUGCUAGUGAGAUUUUGUUUAAGUAAUGUUAAUAUUCAAGACCAAUUCUUUUUAUCUUUCUUGUAUAGAAUUUUUACAUGGAAAUGAUGGAAAAGUAAAAAAUCCAAUCUAUGAAUUAUCUUA